UCCCCACAGUCAAGUCGUCUACUUCCCCGCUUUUCUCAUCCUCGGCAGCACGCGGCUCAUCUUCCCAGUUCAUCUUCCUCUUUUUCUUCUUCAUCUGGCUCAUCGACCUCCUUGUUCCCGGGGUCUGUUUUCCAUUGAGUGCACUGCCAGCCUCCUCCUGAUCCUCUUCCUCCCUGUGGUCACUUCUUCUCAAGUCCUCAUCAGACUUCUCUUCAGCCUCCCUCAGCUCUCCAGUGUUAACCGCCAGCUCCCCCUGCAGGCGCUUCCACGUCAUUGCAGCAUCAGUCCACAGUUUGACGUCGUUUAUCAGCGUGGACUGCAGCACAGAGGCCGCUCUUGCUGUGUCAACAUACGACAAACAAACAGUUUCUCAACAUUUAUAUUUAGAUUUAUAAUUGUUUUAAAGUUAAUUUGCGUGUCGGAGCUGCUACCUGGACUGGUGUAAGCGGGCAACUUCACAGAUGACCCACAAGCGACAUGGGCCAGCUGCUGUCAUCAGAAGAAGACCUCUCCAAGGUAAAACAGGCCGUUGGCUCGCUCCUCUACCAGAGGAUGCUGGAAGGCGGGGCCAUACCUGAGCUCGGUGUGGUGCACCCUUUGCUGCUCACCAGUCAGGACGAGGACUCCAAGUCUCGCCUACAGGAAGAACUACUGCAGCUGCAGGGCCACAUCGGCGACAAGGCGCCCACCUACCUGAGGGAUCUGAUUGGACGGCUGUCUUCAUUCUCAGAUGAGCCGCGCUUGGCCGGCCUCCUGGGGUUGGCGGUCGCCAUGGUGAUGGACUUGGUCUACACGUCGUCCAGGCAGCGGUCCGCCGGGGGGAAAGUGAAGGCGUCGUGGUCGUCGUCACGUCAGAGAGCGUUGGAGCUCCAGGAGCUGAUGGAGGAGUACUUGAAGCGCUGCAGGAUGAACCUGAGCAACAAGACUCGACUGGUCCAGGACUUCUUGAGACUGGAGGGCCAGCUCAGCCUCACGGUGACCCAGCUCAAGACCUGCCUGCUGGGGGGGGAGUGCGACUCCAGGUCUCUGCGGUUCUGGGCCAGCGGGGCAGCGUUCCACACCCAGAUGCUGGUGCACCUGGCUGGCAUGGAGGGUCAGCAAGAGCCCCUGGCGGCAAGAGCCGUGCUGGAGCAAUACAAGGAGGACCUGACACAGAUGGUUCCUGCCUACAGGCGGUAUAAGUCCAAGACAGUGUCGGUUGUGAAAAGUCGAGGUGGUCUCCCAGCACCGUGCGAGGGACCCGAGGAAGGUUCCAUGACGGGACUCACGCUCACCGACAGGGAGACGGGAAAGAGUGUGAGCAUCGCCAUCGCCGCCCUGCAGGCCGAGAUAGGCGCAUGGCGGCCAGGAGGCGCUCUCCGACCCCGAUGUCCCCGCUGAGGGCACACAUGAAGGACCUCAGACGUCAGAAAGAAGCGAGGGAGAUGAAGAUUUGAAGUUGAGUAUUGUGGAAACAAAUAAUACACCCUAAAAGUUGUAAUGCUACUAGAAUAUGAUAAUACUCUACCCAAAUGACACUUGAUGACUUUGUUUGCAUCCACUCCAGACAAUCAGUUUGAACCAAAUACUAUCAUUUUUUGACAACAGAUGUUUAUGCAUGACUGCUUUUUUCUGUUGUGGGCACAUUUCAAUACAAAAUGCUCUAUGUUUUCAACAAUAAUGUCUUAUUUUAUACCAGGGGUGUCCAAAAUUUUUCCACAGAGGGCCGCGCACUAAAAAAAUUAAAGGCCUACUGAAAUUAGAUUUUCUUAUUUAAACGGGGAUAGCAGGUCCAUUCUAUGUGUCAUACUUGAUCAUUUCGCGAUAUUGCCAUAUUUUUGCUGAAAGGAUUUAGUAGAGAACAUCCACGAUAAAGUUCGCAACUUUUGGUCGCUAAUAGAAAAGCCUUGCCUGUACCGGAAGUAUGUGCGCGUGACGUCACUGGUUGCAGGGCUCCACACAUAUUCACAAUGUUUUUGAUGGGAGCCACCAGCAGUAAGAGCAAUUCGGACUGAGAAAGCGACAAUUUCCUCAUUCAUUUUAGCGAGGAUGAAAGAUUCGUGAAUUAGGAUAUUGAUAGUGAAGGACUAGGAAGAAAAAAAAAAAAAAGCGACGGCUCCGGGCGGCGGCAGUGUAAGCGUUUCAGAUGUAAUUAGACACAUUUACUAGGAUAAUUCUGGAAGAUCCCUUACCUGCUUAUUGUUUUAAUAGUGUUUUAGUGGGAUUAUAAAGAUUGUAAAGACAUACCUCGAGGUCGGAUGGCUGCGGUGAACACGCAGUGUCUCAGCGAGAAGCCAAGCUCACAGCUGCCUUUUUUGACAGCUGCUGCAGGAGGACGAAUAAUCCACUGAUGUCUCCGGUAUAAUAUAUAUCACAAUUUCCCGAUCCAAAAACAUGCUCGUUGACGUAGAGAAAAUAUGUUCGCUUGACCGCUCUGCUUCACAACAAACAAAGAAACUGAAGACAGCUGCAAUACACCACAUUCCACCAACAGCAUUGUUCUUUAUAGUCUCCAUUAUUAAAUGAACAAAUUGCAAAAGAUUCAGCAACACAAAUGUCCAAAAUACUGUGUGGGCGGCAUGGCGUAGUGGGUAGAGCGGCCGUGCCAGAAACCUGAGGGUUGCAGGUUCGCUUCCCACCUAUUGACAUCCAAAUCGCUGCCGUUGUGUCCUUGGGCAGGACACUUCACCCUUGCCCCCGGUGCCGCUCACACUGGUGAAUGUAUGAUGAAUGAAUGAUUGGCGGUGGUCGGAUGGGUUGUAGGCGCAAACUGGCAGCCACGCUUCCGUCAGUCUACCCCAGGGCAGCUGUGGCUACUGAUGUAGCUUACCACACUGCAAAAAGUCAGUGUUCAAAAACAAGAAAAAAAAUACAGAAAUGAGGUGUAUUUCAUUUGAUAAUAAGCAAAAUUAUCUGCCAAUAGAACAAGAAAAUUCAGCUUGUCAAGACUUUCCAAAACAAGCAAAAUUAGCUAACCUCAAUGAACCCAAAAAUACCUUAAAAUAAGUAUAUUCUCACCAAUAACAAGUGUACUUUUCUGAGUAAAAAAAAAAGAGACCUUUUUGCUCAAUAUGUUGAAAAAUAUUCUUAAAUGAAGUAAAUGCUAGUGCCAUUACCUUGACAUAACGAUAUGUGCUUGGCAUCACGAUUUUUUUUUUUUCAUGCUUGAAGUAAGAAAUUAUUACUUUAAAAAAGCAGUUUUAUAAAUUGUGAGUGUUGAUGACACAGCUUUGCAACACUUGAUAUUCUAGUUUCAAGCAUGUUUUACUCAAUAUAGGUCAGGCCUGGGCAAUUAUUUUGACUCAGGGACCACAUUUAGAAAAAACAAAUACGUGUCUGGGAGCCGGUAUAUCUAUUUUUAGGCACACUAAUACAAAACUUCGCAAUAAUGCCUGAUUGAAUGCUAAAAACGUUAUGUUGAAAAAUCUUCUUAAAUGAAGUAAAUGCUAGUGCCAUUACCUUGACAUAACGAUAUGCGCUUGGCAUCACAAUUUUUUUUUCAUGCUCGAAGCAAGAAGUUAAUACUUUAAAAAAGUGGAUUUAUACUUGUGAGUGUUGAUGACGCAGCUUUGCAACACUUGAUAUUCUAGUUUCAAGCAUAUUUUACUCAAUAUAGGUCAUCAAAUCUCAGCAACAAGCUGUAAUAUCUUACUGAGAUCAUUUAGAACCAAAACACUUAAAACAAGUAAAACACUAACAUAAAAUCUGCUUAGUGAGAAGAAAUAUCUUAUCAGACAGAAAAUAAGCAAAUAUCACCCUUAUUUGAGAUAUUUCAUCUUACUUAGAUUUCGUUUUUUACAGUGCACCACCAGGUGUGAAUGAAUGAUGGGUUCCCACUUCUCUGUGAGCGCUUUGAGUAUCUAACAAUAGAAAAGCGCGAUAUAAAUCUAAUCCAUUAUUAUUAUUAUUGUUAUUAUUAUGUGGUUAAAGCAGACGACUUUUAGUCGCGAGUGAUGCAGCGCUAAUAUUUCCUAAGAGUCCGUGACGUCACACGUACGCGUCAUCAUUCCGCAACGUUUUCCACAAAAAACUCGCGGGAAAUUUAAAAUUGUAAUUUAGUAAACUAAAAAGGCCGUAUUGGCAUGUGUUGCAAUGUUAAUAUUUCAUCAUUGAUAUAUAAACUAUCAGACUGCGUGGUGGGUAGUAGUGGGUUUCAGUAGGCCUUUAAAGGCCUACCGACCACGCUCAGAUUAAUGGGGAAAUUGUCGCUUUCUCGGUCCGAAUUGCUCCCAUUAUAAACAACGUGAGGAUGUGUGGAGCCCUGUAACUCGUGACGUCACGCGCACAUACUUCCGGCACAGGCAGGGCUUUUCUAUUAGCGACCAAAAGUGGCGAACUUUAUCGUGGAUGUUCUCUACUAAAUCCUUUCAGCGAAAAUAUGGAAAUAUCGCGUAAUGAUCAAGUAUGACUCAUAGAAUGGACCUGCUAUCCCUGUUUAAAUAAUAAAAUCUCAUUUCGGUAGGCCUUUAAAGGCCUACUGAAACCCACUACUACCGACCACGCAGUCUGACAAUGGAGACUAUAAAGAAGAAUGCUGUUGGUGGAAAGCAGUGGAUUGCAACUGUCUUUAGCACCAAAACACAGGCGGUGUUUCUUUGUUUGUUGUGAAGCUUUAACACAGAGCGGUCAAGCGAACAUGUUUCUCUACCACAUGUCAACCAAUUGUGAUAUUAAGUCGACUCUUACCGGAGACUUCAGCGGAUUAUGCGACCUCCUCCUGCAGCUGUCAAAAAGGCAGCUGUGAUCUUGGCGCCUCCAUUGGCUUCUCUCAGAGACACUGGGGUUCAGCACAGCCCUACGACUUUCAGGUAUGACUUUAUAAUCUCAUUAAAACACUAGUAACACAAUAAGCAGAUAAGGGAUUUUCCAGAAUUAUCCUAGUAAAUGUGUCUAAUAACAUCUGAAUCG